CUUCAUUCAUACAAAUUGUAUUAUAAUAGAUUCUAAAAUAUCAAAUCUUAAAGUAAAUUGAAAUCAAAAUUACUCAUUACGCAAAAAUGGAAUUAAAAACAUUUUCAACUUUAACUUGUGCAUUAUUAGUACUUGUGAAUAUAGAAAUCAUUAGUGCACAGUUCAAUUUUUUGCAACCGAAACCACAAAAUAACUUCCAAUCACCAGCGCACAUGAAUAUUGCAAACCCUCCAAAUGUUUUUCAACCACCUCCAUUACAACCGGCUAAUAACAAUUUUAAAUUGUUUGGUGGUGGUGGUGGUUCACCAAAACAAGGAUUUGAUGUAGGACUUGGUGCAACUGCUAAAGUAUGGGAAAGUCCAAAUGGAAGAAAUCAAUUGUUUGGCACCAGAACUUAUUCACAACAUUUAGGUGGACCAUAUGGAAAUAGUAGACCAAAUGUUGGCGGUGGAGCAACAUUUAUACAUAAAUUUGGUUAAAAUUCUUUAGAUUGUUCUUUAUUUAUUGUAAAAAGUAUUAAAUUAUUCUGAUUUUGAAAUGAAAUAAAGAUGCCGUGUUUGAUUAAAAU